AUGUCGUUUACAUUUGAGGGUGGGACUCCAAUUAGCUUCACCAAAGGCAAUACUCAUACAAAUAGUAGCACGCAAGCUAGAUCAGCAUCGCCCAAUGGUAAUGCAAUCAACGGACUGAUUGCUCUAGAAGGUAUUGUUAACCGACAAGUGCCGUUUGGCGUGCCAAAUGAUGAAAGUUUUCGAGCCAAAAGGAAAGCAAAAAAGCCCAUAAACAGUCGGUCGAAUGAACCAAACAAUACAAACCCGUUUUCAAAAAUUGGUAAUGGAACUUCACCACAAAAAAAUCCAAACCAAACAUCAGGGCAAGCUCAGUCUUUUUCAGCAGAUGAAAUUUCCGUAACUGGUCCACUUUUUCCCGAUCCACAAGCACUUGGGUUUCAACCAUUGAAGAAGAAUGUAACCCCCCGACCGAUUCCCAAGUACUUUUUAACCCAACCAAAGUGUCUUGAUACUCCGCCUUUUGUGCAGAAUGAGUGGGACAGACAAAACCAGAUUAAGAUGGAGCAAAUGGAGUCAGCGAACCAAGGGAAAGAUUACCAAGGGUUAUACGAGGACUUGCAAAAACUUCGAGAAAUUGAAAGGAAAGAGAUGGAGGAGUUAGGGCUUGUUGAUGCCGAAAAUACUGCAAAACAUUUGAACGAAGCAAUAGCUUUUCAAGGGUCAUGUCUUGACAUGUGUCCUGUAUUUGAGAGAGUACGAAGACAGUUGGAAAAUAAUGUCAACGUAUUGGAGAGGGACCCGCUGACUAAUAAGAUUACAAAGGAGAAAGCCGUUAAAGCGUUUUCAAGGCCGGCUGCUGGUCAACCACCACCAUUACCAUCGGAAGUUAGACCGCCACAUGUUUUGCAAACAACCUUGAAUUAUUUAAUUGAGAAUGUCGUGGAUAAGUUACCUGAAUCCCACUCAUUUUUGUGGGAUAGAACAAGAUCAAUUAGACAAGACUUUACAUAUCAGAACAGUUUCGGUCCUGAGGCUGUUGAUUGUAAUGAGAGAAUCGUUCGAAUUCAUUUAUUGUCACUUCACAUAAUGGCAGGCAGUGACGUGGAAUUCUCUCAACAACAGGAAUUGGAGCAAUUCAACAAGGCAUUGCAGACGUUGAUGGAAAUUUAUCAGGAUGUACGCAAUAAUGGUGGCAGCUCCCCUAACGAAGCGGAGUUUCGUGCAUAUCAUUUACUAAGUCAUAUUCGAGACCCAGAAUUGGAGAGACAAAUACAAAAUUCACCCGAUUACAUUUAUCAAGAUAGUCGAGUGCAAUUGGCAUUGAAUUUGCGGAAAAUUAUAUCUCAAAAUAAUAUUGUCGAACGCGGUGUGACCAAUCUCAUCGGUGCAUUGGACUUGUACGUGGAGUUUUUCAGAGUUGUUUACAGUGAGGAAACACCGUUGUUGAUGGCAUGUUUACUUGAAACACAUUUCAGUGAAAUUAGAUUUUACGCUUUGAAAGCAAUGUCGAGAAGUUUCCACACACGUGGAAAACCAUAUCAGUUAGAUACGCUUCGUAAUUUACUAGGCUUCGACCUGAGUGAACAAUCAAUGAAAUUUUUAAAAUAUUACGAGAUAGAUGUCAUCAUUGAAAAUGGAGAGACGUUGGUUGACUUGUUUAACAAAGACAAGCUUGAGAAGCUGUAUAAGCUCAACUCAUUUUACGAAAAGCCGAAAUAUCCACCAGUUUAUUCAUCUCAACUAGAUCGUAAACUCAAGGGAAAAAAUUUGAUUAGUAUCAUAAAUAGUGGGCUGCCGAAUGUCAGUUUUCACUUGAAGUCAAAAAAGGAUAUACUUACCUCAUCGAAGAGAUCCACCUCGGGUUCUAUUGCAACAAGCUUUAAGGCAAGCACAACCACAUUUCCUGCUAUUACCCCUGUUGCAGGAGCAUUCAAGCCGAAUGACAUAAAGUUUGUUCCGCCUCAAGUACUGCGCCCAUCGAAGCCACUUACGGAAAAUGCCACAUUCCUGCAACCACAAACUACACCAACCACAAGCGCUCCUUCCAACUCAGCUACAGCUCAGUCGCCGUUCCUUUUUGGGGUAGCGAACGAGGUAAGCAAUGUGAGAAAAACAAGGAAGCCUGAAACAGGAGAUACCGUAGAGAGUGUUAAAAAUGAUAAACCGAAAAUCGAUUUCUCCUUCAACAAACCCUUUACCUUACAGGGUACUUCACCGACACGUAUGGAAAGUAAAAGUAACCCAGCCAUUAAGCCAAGUCCAGUACCCUCGUUCGGAGAACAAACACUGCAAGUUAUGAGUGCCAAAUCUUUUGCUCCUCAAAAAGAGACGCCAGAGACUUCCAAUCAGUUGGUCAAUCAUCCAUUAUUUCAAAGAGCGGCAGACCAGAUUGCACAUGAACUUAUCAGUAAUAUGGUGGACUCUGAGUUUAGAGCAAUAUUGGAAAAUGUUCUCCAUAGACACAAUACUAAAGUCCAACGACUCAAAAUAAUUAUGACUUUAGAGGAGGAGUUGUUUUCCGCAUUCGUUGCCGAGAGUGCAUACCAAUGCACGUUGGAAACUGCAAGUCAGUAUAUGAGCAACCUUCUUGCUCAAAAACACGCCAUUCGUCGGUUGGCUUACAGGGCCAAGAAAUGCAUUCUUUCGUACAAAGAUAGAGAAGCGAAACGACGCGAACUUCAAUCGGUAACUUUCGGAAGCUCAUUAAAGAGAGAGUUUGGGAGUGGUACAACGACACCAACCUCUUCAAGAAAGAAGCAUCACACCAACGCUAAUACGAUGGAUUUUGUAAAGAAACAGGAAGAAAUGGGGCAAUUGUGGAAGACUCUCGACUUGAAGCAGUUUACUGAGUUGUGUUCCUCCGAAAUUUCCCUCAAAUUAAGUGAAGAAAAUUUGAAACUCAAGUGGUUGUUAGUUGUGGAAGAUUGGGAGAACGAAUAUUCUAGAUGGUUGAUUGCUAAAUUCGGGUUGAAACCAAACAUGGUAAAAAUGGUUUAUGAAAACAACGUGCGAAGUGACAAAGUUGAUUUAGAGAUUACUAGCCUUCCCUCGAAAGAUGGCAUCACCAAGAGCUUUUUACGUGAUUGUGGUUUCAUAUUAUUCGAGUGCGGUUUGUGCUUUGCAACAGAGGAAGGAAUUAGAGACAAGUUGAUCAAAGAUGCCAAGGUUUUGAAGCAGAUUAUUUCCGUGUGCGAGAAGUAUAGCUUCUACAAACCAAGUGUUCUCAUUUUAUUUUGGGAUGUGACACAAUCAGGAUUAUCUAGUGGAGAAGCUGUGAAACUUUUAAACUUGCAACAGUACACCUUUACAAACAGCUUAAAGAAUUUGAUUUUUUGUGACAUGGCUAAUGAACAUGAAAGUAUCAACCGUGUGCUUACCCUGUCGGUUACGAAAAUCGGAAUGGAUUUUGAUGGCGAACUCAGUUCCAAGGGAGUAAAACAUUACAUCAAAGUUAAACAACUGCGCAUGAUGAAACAAGGCGACGAAUUGGUGAAGAAGCGUCAGACAAGUCCCACAACCAAUGGCAGCAUCACUGAAAAGGAUAAAAGUUUGAUGUUGAAUGCAAAGAAGCUUGAAAGAUACAAUUACCUUAAUAGCUUUAAAAGUCUACACUCAACGUCGAAAUUGGCUGACACCCACGUAAGUGUUGGUGACGUUGCCAAUAAAUCGUUGGCAAAAAUAAUUGCCCGACGUGGAAGCAGGCACAAUUUGAGUCUAGUUAGUAGUAACUCGACGUUUUUAAACACUUCGAUAAUGACUAAUAAUUCUAUACUAGAAGGAUUCGGCAAGGGUGUGGUACAGGAAAGCACACCGAAUACAUCUUUCAAAAGAAAGGUUGUGAAUGAAACUAAAGAUUCUAUUGAUGCUGGUGAUGACAAACUUAGUAAGUUGAGAAAGUUGACUGCGAAUAUUCGAAAUAAAUAUCGCAAGUCGCAGGAUACAUGA